UUCCAUAAUCUAGUUACUCAACUUCAAUACUUACUCACCUUUAUUUCUCGUACGUUAUUCAUAAUCUAUUUAUUCAAAUACAUAUAUUUAUCUAUUCAAUGUAAAUGGGUACCUGUAAAUGGGUAAUGGGUAAACCUUACCGAGAUGCGGUGGUGCACGGGGUUUUGUUUAAAAUUCUAACGGUUCUAAUUCGAUCGUUGCAACCUUACCAGUACAAUAUUCUUAAUCAUGAACUCAUUACUGGUAUCUUUGUAUUCUAGGCUCGUUACUCAUACCAGGGAUUCGCCAUGUUCCACACCGCUAGAUAAAUUGAUUCAUAGUGCGCUUGACCACGAUUUAGCUAUUGAAGAAUUGAAUCAUUAUUCAAAAAUUGAUAAUAAUCUUAUUUUGAAUGAUAAAUCAGCACUUAAGACUUUGAAUAAUGAUAAAAUCAUUGGAUCAGAUCUAAGCCAAGGAUUUCAAUACUAUAGGCCGAGCUCAAAUGAAGAAAUAUAUCAAUUAAACGAUUUAUUUCAAGUAUUAAAUCAAAUACCCGGGAGUGAAGUACCCAGAAUAGUUUCAAUAAGAAGAAAUUUAAUGAUACUAAUGUUAAUUCCUUUAACUGAACAAGAAUGUGAAUUUAACGUUAUUUAUAAAGAUAAUGAUAUCAUCAUUGAUUAUAAAUGGGAUGAAACAACAACAAAUGAUACUUUAGUUGCAUAUGGUGGGUUUAAAUUUGAAGAAUUGAUGACAAAUAAUCAAUCAAAUGAUUCAACUUACUAUACAGUAAUAAAUCAAACGAUUAAUGAUUUGAAUAUCUUAAUUACUGCAGAAAUUGAUUCUCAAUCUAAUGGAGAUUAUAUUGAAUUGAAAACUCAUAAUUAUAAAUCAUCACCUAGUAAACUAGCUAAAAAAUUAUUGGUUAGUUGGUGUCAAACGAGGUUGAUCAAUUCGAAUAAAGUUAUAGUUGGAUUUAGAUCCGCUUCAUCUUCGGGUAGAUUUAAAUUACAUUCAAUUAAGCAUUAUAAUGAUAACGAUAUACCGAAACUACUUUGUCGGAAAGAAUACCGUAUUCCUUUCCAAGAUUCUUAUAUAACUUGUCAAGGAUUACUCAAAUGGUAUAAAACGGUUAUGAAAUGGAUUCAAAUGCAAAUUAUCGAUAAAAAGAAUCAAGGUGAUAAGAAUGGUGCUUUUAAUUUGAAAUACUCGAAAACCCACCAAUCAUUACUUCUUAAUACUACAUCAACUGAUAUUGCAGAAAGUUUAUUAAGAAAUAUAUGUACAUAG